AGUCCGUAGGUUUAAAAUUUGAUCCGAUAUUUGUUGUAAAUGUAAACUUGUUUAACAUUGUCUGAAAUGAAUAAGCAUCUGUGAAAUGCUUGUUGUGAUCUGUUGAUGGAUCGUGAAGAAAAAUAUUUUACUUAAUAAAAGACUGAUUUUUUUCUUCUUUUCACCGUUUUAAGAAUACCUUCAGAGUGAAUCUACUUAAUAUAUACUUAAGAUGGAGGAAGAAAGUGAUUUUUUGAAGCUUUCCAUUGAAGAAAGGUGCCAGCAUAAGUUAUGGAAAGCCAGAGUGAGUGGUUAUGAAGAUGCAGCCAAACUUUUUAAUCAGCAAGAUGAUGAUAAAAGUCCGGAAUUCAAUAAAUAUCUUGGACUUUUAAAGAAAUUUGUGAUAGACAGCAAUGCUGUUGCCCAAGAAAAAGGUUUAGUGGCUGUUUUAGCAUUUGUAGAAAAUGCUGCUUGUGCUCCAAGAGUUGUUAAUGAUAUAAUGAGUGGAUUAGUGAGCAAGUGUUUUUCAUCACCUAGAGCAAAAACGAGAGAAUUGGCUUUGGAAAUAGCCUUAAUGUACAUUGAAAUUGAAAAACAAGAAGCUGUUUUAGAGGAAUUAAUCAAAGGACUUGAAAAUAAAUCUCCAAAAGUUGUAUCUAACUGUAUAGUUGCUCUUCGAGAAGCUCUUCAUCUGUUUGGAUCUCAGGUUAUUUCAUUAAAACCUUUGGUAAAAGUUUUGCCCAAACUUCUUGAAGACAGAGACAAAAGUGUGAGAGAAGAGUCAAAACAAUUAUGUGUUGAAAUAUAUCGAUGGGUUGGUGAUGCAUUGAAAACACAACUUCAGUCAUUGAAACCAGUUACACUGUCAGAGUUAGAAAAUGAAUUUCAAAAAACUGUUGGGGAAAGAGUUGUACCUUCACGAUAUUUAAAAUCACAACAGGAAAAAAUUGCUAAGGCUAAAGAGAAUGACACAGGUGAGGCUGAAGCUACUGAAGAAGCUUUUGUUCCACCUGCUGUUGUUGAUCCAUAUGACUUAAUGACUGCUGUUGAUGUACUUUCAAAAUUACCAAAAAAUUUUUAUGAGCAGUGUGAAGCAAAAAAAUGGCAAGAACGGAAAGAAGUUUUAGAAACUUUGCUGCAAUUAACUACAAAUGUGAAACUGGAGCCUGGUGAUUAUGGAGAUCUUGUUAGAGUUUUGAAAAAGUUUAUAACUAAAGACUCAAAUGUUGUAGUUGUAGGUUUGGCUGUUAAAUGUUUGAGUAAUCUUAUACAGGGAUUGCGCAAAAAAUUCCAACCUUAUGCAUCAGCAAUGAUUCCUGCAAUAUUUGAAAAAUUUAAAGAGAAAAAACAAAAUGUAGUUGUUCCACUCCGCGAGACUAUUGAUGGUCUUUAUAAUAUAUGUGGUUUUGAAGCCAUGCUAGAAGAUAUCCAAUCCGCAUUAGAUAACAAAAAUCCUCAAAUCAAAGCUGAGACAUGUGCCUUUCUGUCUCGGGCUUUUGCUACAUGUACUGCAGCACAACUGAAUAAGAAACUUUUAAAGGCUUUUACAGUUUCAUUGUUAAAAACUUUGAAUGACACUGAUGGUACCGUGAGAGAAAAUGCAGCUGAAGCUUUGGGUACUGCAUUGAAAGUGGUUGGUGAUCGUGUUAUGUCAAAUUUCCUUCAGGAAGUAGAUUCCAUUAAAAUGGCCAAAAUAAAAGAUUUUUGUGACAAAGCCGAAGUUAAACAACCAGUAACCAUAGAAAAGAAACCAACAUCUGCACCUGCUGUUAUUAGACCAGCUCCUGUCAAACAAGAAGACCCAGUGCCAGAACCAGUUAAAUCUGAACCUGCUAAGCAGACCACAACGGGAAUUAAGAAACCUACAUCUGCAGUGCAUGCAAAAAGUAAAGGUAGUGGACAAGCCGCUCGUUCUGUAAGAUCUGGAGGUGCUAAGAGAGGCCAAAUUGAUGUUGGGGAACCUGAAUUCAAAGAAAAUGAACUUUCUGAAGAAGAUGUUCUGACUCAAACUUCAGAAAUAUUUACAGCUGAUGUAAUAAAUGGUCUUGGAAGUUCAAACUGGAAAGAUAGGCUUGCAGCUUGUGAAAAGUUCUUUGAAACAACACAAGCUAUGGAAAAAGGUUCUCUACCCGCUCAAUGUCUUGUAAAACUUCUGGCCAAGAAACCAGGGUUUAAGGAAAACAAUUUUCAAAUUCUUAAAUUACGCUUUGAAAUACUUGCUUACAUUGCAGAAAAUGCCCAAAUUUCACAUGUGACUGUUGAAUGUUGUUUAUCUGAUGUUGUAGAUAAAAUUGGUGAUGCUAAAAGUGGUGUUCAUGCUGGAUUAGCUCUAACAGCUCUAGCUAGUGCUACUACAUUAGAUUAUAUUAGUCUUGAAGUAUUAAAUUUAGCAUUUAAUCAAAAAAAUCCAAAAAAUCAGUCAGAAGCUUUAAUGUGGGUUUCAAAUGCAAUAAAGCAGUUUGGUUUGAAAGUUCAAGUGAAAGAAAUAAUUGAUAAUUUAAAAAAGGGGUUUUCCUCAACAAAUCCUGGUGUGAGGAAUGCUGCUUUAGCCUUAGUUGGAACAAUGUACAUGUAUGUUGGCAAAUCAUUAAGGUCAUUUUUUGAAGAUGAAAAACCUGCAUUAUUACAACAGAUUGAUUCAGAGUUUGAAAAAAUGAAGGAUUCUAAACCUCCACCUCCAGUAAAAGGAAAAGCUGCCAAAGUAGAUGGAUCUGGAGAUGCAACAGAAGGUUCUGGGCAAGUAAACCUAGCAGAUUUAAUGCCUACAGUAGAUAUAAGCUCUCAAAUAACUUCCCAGUUAUUGUCGGAUCUUUCUGAUAAAGAUUGGCAUCUAAGAAGUGAUGCUUUACAGAAAAUUUCUGUUAUUAUAAGCGAUGCAAAAUUCAUAUCACCAAAUUUAGGUGAAUUGCCUCUUGCUUUAAAACCUCGUCUAGCAGACACAAACAAAAGACUUGCACUUCAAGCUUUGAAUUUAUGCCAAAUGCUUGGAACUUCUUUGGGUAGUCAGUGUUCUAAGCAAAUCCGAAAUUUUGCACCUGGCAUACUUACUUGCCUUGGUGAUAACAAAGCUAAUGUGAGGGCUGCUGCUGUUCAGUGUUUGAAUUCAUGGAUGGAUAAUUGCUCACUUGUUAGUUUAUUUGAGGGUGAAGUUGUUUAUGAUGCUCUUCGAAUUGAUAAUCCUCUACUAAGAAUAGAAUUGUUUUCUUGGCUUACUGAAAAAUUACCUACUGUUACAUCACUUCCAUCUGCUGAACUUGCUCUUUGUGUACCAAUUUUAUUAAAUUGCAUAGAGGAUCGCAAUCCAGAUGUUAGGAAAAAAGCAGCAGAUUGCCUUUUACCUUUUAUGAUACAUGUUGGUUAUGAAACUAUGGCCAGAGCUGCAUCCAAAAUGAAACCAGCAUCUAAAGCAACUGUAGUAGAUCAGUUGAAUAAAGUUCGACAAAAUCUUCCAGCUAAAGCAACAACUACUAAAAGUAAACCAAAUAAAAGUGCUGCACCACCAGCUGAAAGGUCUUCACCCCCUCAAGCUACAUCUAAUGAUGAAGGAGGAAAAGGUAAAUUAAACAGAAGCACAUCUAAAUCCAAACUUGCUCUUAAAACACCAGCUUCUAGUACAUCCAAAGCUAAGAAAGAAGAAGAAAUUGAUACAUCACCGUCUCUUGUAGCAAACAACAUGAAAGACCAGAGAAUGGCCGAUGAAAAAGGUUUAAAAGUUUUAAAGUGGAACUUCACUACUCCCAGAGAAGAAUUUUAUGUGCAGUUGAGAGAUCAAAUGACUGCUGCUAAUUGGAGUAAAACUUUGAUUUCUCAUUGCUUCCAUAAUGACUUUAAGUUUCAUAUAAAAGCAAUUGAUUUGUUAAUUGAAUCCCUAUCUAAUGGGGUUGAGGCUUCUGCUGCCAAUUUAGAUUUAAUUUUAAAAUGGCUAGCUUUGAGAUUUUUUGAUACAAAUCCAAGUGUCUUGAUUAAAAGCUUGGAAUAUUUACAAGUUUUAUUUCAAGCACUUAUGGGCAUAAACUACCAUAUGCUAGAUCUUGAAGCUGCAUCUUUUGUACCUUAUUUGAUUUUGAAGAUUGGAGACCCAAAAGAUGCUGUGCGUAAGGGUGUAAGAGAAAUAAUUAAAAGUAUCAGUAGAAUAUAUCCUUAUAGCAAAAUGUUUUCAUAUAUCAUGCAAGGUUUACCGUCAAAAAAUGCCAGGCAACGGGCUGAAUGCCUUGAAGAACUGGGCUCCAUGAUUGAAAGUUAUGGCUUAAAUGUUUGUCAGCCAUCUCCAGCUGUUGCUUUGAAAGAAAUCGCUAAGCAAAUAUCUGAUCGAGAUAACAGUGUAAGAAAUGCUGCUUUGAAUUGUGUUGUUCAAGCUUAUUUCAUUGAAGGAGAAAAAGUUUAUAAGUUUGUUGGACAGCUUUCUGAUAAAGAUCUAAGUUUGCUAGAAGAACGUAUUAAACGUAGCUCUAAACCAAAAAUUUCCAAGCCUGUCGAGAGUAAUAUUCCAUCUGCUAAAGUAAGCCCUCCUGCUGCACAUUUUAAUACAUCAUAUUCCGCUGCAGUUGAAGAACCAAAGGCACUACAAAAUGCCACAUCAGCUUCACGAUCUGGUCGUCUAAGGUUAGACACUGAUGAUAUAGAGCAGAUGUUUAAACAUAAAGAGCCCCAGGCUCAAUUACCCGGACUUAUUCAAGUAAAUGCUGAUGAUAUAUUGAAUUUGCCUGACAUUCAGCUACCGCGUACCAGAAUGCGACCACCAGCUACAUCAUUAAAAAUUUUGAAUAGUGCUGAUGAUGUUGAUACUGCAGUAAAUCUUGUUAUGGCCCAAUUAGCUGCACAAGAAAUACCAGUUGUAAUGCAAGCAUUUGCUCAAAUUGAAGAAGUGCUUAAAAGUGAUCAAGCUGUAAGAGUAUUACAAUCGAGAGUUGAUCAGUUGUUGGUAUUUGGGGCUCUUCAAUAUCGUUAUGCUCACAAUAAGCAUAUGGCAGAUGAAAACAUUUGUAAAGCUGAUGUUGUGAGCUUGUAUAGAUGUGUCACUAUGGCUUUGGCAUCACUUUUUGAUAAUCCAGCACUUGCCAAAAAGGCUAGUAGAGAUGUAAUUAGAGACUUGAUACCUCAUUUAAUAACAGUUAUGCUUGAUAAUCGUCUUGAUGAUUUGCAGGAUGGAGCUCUAGUUGUAAAAGUGAUCAAUGUCUUAAUUAUGCGUAUAUUGCAGAAAGCUAAUCCGACUCAUGUUUUAAGUGCUUUGAUUAAGUUGUUGCAUGAUUGUAUUGGUAAUCUCAAUGUCUCUGAGCGCUUUACAGAUUUAAUUAUGAAAUGUUUAUGGAAGAUGAUAAGAAUGAUUCGUCUCAUUAUAAAUGAUUUAAAUAUUGAUCGAAUCUUGUUGGAUAUUCACGUGUUCCUAAAAACAUUUCCAUCUUCUUCUUGGAAGGAAAGGCCUAAUGACACACCUAUAAGAACCAUCAAAACAACUUUAUACAAACUUGUUGAAAUAAAAGGUGAAGAUAUAAUGAAACAUUUAUCUCUCAUUUCAGAUCGUCAAGAAUCUGAUCUGGUAAAUUAUCUUCACAAGUUAUUAGCCAGAAUAAAAGAAGAUAAUCGCAAAUCAUCCAAUAAGAAUUCACUCCCUGAUGAUAAUUCAAGUGGGAAUAACAGGCAUAAGCGUUGCAAAUCUUCUCCUUUAAAACUAUCAAAAUCCACCCAUGAAGCUUUAACUGAAAUAUUUCGGAAAAUUGGUUGUAAAGAACAAACAAAAGAAGGACUUGCCGAAUUAUAUGAAUUUACUCAAAAUCACCCAGAAGCUGACAUUGAGCCCUACUUGAAAACAUCGUCCGAUUUUUUUCAGAAUUACAUUCGACAGGGAAUACAACAGUUGGAAAAGGAAAAAUGCAGCAAUAAGUCUAAAGAUACAUCUAAUCGGAGAGGAGAGGAAUCUGGUGAAUGGAAUUCAAAUCUUUCUGGUAAGGAUAUUUCAUUUUCUAAGGAAAAAAAUUCUUCUCAUUCCUGGGAAGACAAAUUCCCACCUGUACCACCUUGUACUGUUGACACCACUCCUAUGGAUCUUGUUGAAUGGUUAAAAAAUGUUGUGGCCCGACUUGGAAUGGAUACUUCAAAAUAUGAUGAUCCAUCCUUUUUAGAGAAAAUAAAUGGAAAUGGAAAUGAAGGGCCUUUAUCUGAGGAAGAAGUUUCACAGAUGUUUUCUGAUAUUGAAAGAUACCGAAAAAUGAUUGAAGAUUUGAAAAAUGCUGUGUGAAAUUUUGGAUUUGGAAAACAGUUUGCAUCCAAUCUUAAUUUCUGUAGCUAAAAUUAACUUUUUGGGCUGAAGCAUAACUUUUACAACUUUCUUUUUGUGUUUAUAAAUAGCUCAUCUAGUUAAUACUUAAAAAAUAUAUUUUUCUUCUAUUCUGAGGUUUAUAUGGAAAUUAAAAACAUGAUUAAUUUUCUUUUCAGGAGUAUAAAGAGCAUUGACUAUAAUAUGUGUACAUAAAAUUGAAAGUUUUAGUCUUCCCUUAGAAAAUGACUUCAGAUGUACAGUUGAUUAUAUUAUUCAGAAUUACCAAGUCAUAUUUGGAAAAUUAAGGUAGAUUCAUAUAUAAUUUUUUUAUUUAAAAGUAUUACACAUAAUUGUUGAUGUUUUCUUUUUACUUCUUUGUAUAAAUUUUCAACAGUGAGUGCUGUUACUUUAUGUAUUAAUGUAGUCUUUCUCAGUGUAUUUUUAUCUUGUAAUUGUUUCCUGUUAUAGCAUCUCUCACAAUUUUCAUUUUUCUGUGACUCAUAUCAAGGAUUAAUAACCUUCAAAAAUUUUUUAGUAAAUAUAGCUCCCCCCCCCCUUUCCAUUGUGAUAAUUUUGAGAAGAAAGUGUUUUAAUUUUUUGUAGUUUCAAAGCAGUUUUGUUUUUGCAUUUAAGUUUUAUUUGAACAAAGUUUUCCUUCAGUUUAUUUGUAUUUUGGAAUACAGUAUGAUGAGCUUUUGAUUGUUGUGAAAAUUGUGUACUCUGUAAUUAUUGUUUCUUAAAGCUAUAUAUUCAAUAAGACUUCAUCUCUUACACCUUCAUAAAGGAACUUAUUUUCCCUAUUUUUGUUCAUUUGCUUUAGUUUUUUUUUUUAUGGAAAACUUUUGUUAGUUAUAAAACUAUAUUAGUAAAGACUGUGUUAUUUCCCCUUUACUUUUAAGAUAGUUUGUGAUAUGUAUUAGUAUUUUUAAUCAACUAUUCAAUAAUUUUAGACCAUGUUUAUACUAUUCCAAUUGUUUAUGUUAAUACUUCUGUGUGCAAAAAAUAAUUUAUUGAUUUUCCAUUUCUAA